AUGGCCACCCCCGACCCACCUGCAUGUGCCCCACCCAACGACGUAGAAGGAUUCAGGCAGCAGUAUGAGGCCGGCUCUACCGAAUUAUUCAACAACAUCGCCGCCCUUGUCCAGCGCGUCCGCUUCCAGAGGGAUACCCUUCAUACACAAUUAACCGCCGCCAAUGAAACCAUUGACAACCUCGAGGAGCAGGUAACCCGGCUCAACCUCGACCUCAAUGUCACCCGUGCCGCCCCCGCCCCUACCGUCGCUGUCCCCGUUGCCGCUGCUCCCCCACCUGCUACUGUCCCCGCCUUCAGGUCCGAAAAGUUUCCAGACCCCGAAAAAUUCGAUGGCACCCGUACCAAGCUCCCCGGAUUUACCACCCAACUUCGAAUGAAACUUGAAGUCAAUCACGAUCGGUUCCGAAACGAGGCAGCAAAGGUCAUUUAUGCCGUCAGUCGCUUGGGAGGAAGGGCCCUUGACCAGGUUGUUCCACUCGUUAACGCUAACCCUGCCGCCCCCUUCUCCUCCGUUACUGCCUUUGUUGCCCACCUGGAAGCCUCGUUUGGAGAUCCAGACCCCCGGGGUACCGCCCGUCGUCAACUCGUCGUCCUAAAGCAAGGCAAGGGGGACUUUGCCACCUACUACUCGCAGUUCCUCCGUAUUGUGGCAUACCUGGACUACAACGAGGGAGCCAAGAUCGAUGCCCUGGCCGAAGGACUGUCGGAAGACCUGAAGGACGCCAUGACAUACCGGACAGACACGCCUAACACCGUCGAGGCAUAUGCUACCAUGUUGAUGACAAUUGACAACCAGGUUCGGGGCCGUAAAGCUGAACAACGGGCUAUUCGGAAUACGAUGGGACAAUUCACCGCCCCCGCCGCUGUCGCACACCCAUCUCACACAGCCGGAGGCCUCGCCCCCAUGGACCUCUCUGCCUUCCAAGCCCAUCCCGCUCAACGUCCCGCCGUCGAACAACGAUACACCUUCGUCAAUGGGCAACGUAAAACCUCUGCCGCCGAAAAACAAUGGCGAAGGGACAACAACCUUUGUAUGUACUGCGCCAACCCUGGCCAUAUCUUCGCCAACUGCCCCUCUGCCAAUCGCCCGCGUGUCCCGGGCUUGACUAAUGGCCCCUGCCCGGGACCUUCUAAUGUUUCUCCUUUGUCUGCGUUCUCUAUCUCUGGCUUCUCGGUAUCGUCUGUGGAGGAUAAAUUGGAUGGUGAUCAUUUUGUUGCUUCGUGUAAAAUUGUAAACAAUAAAAUACCCAUUCAAACCUACGCAUUGAUUGAUACCGGUUGCUCCGGGUUCGCAUUCAUUGAUGAAACAUUCGCGCGCCAUAACAACCUCCCAUUUCUUCCCCUCAAAUCACCCCGUACUCUCGAAGUCAUCGAUGGACGGCCCAUAUCCCCCGGACAAAUUACCCACCUCUGCUACCUACCGUUAUCAAUCGACUCCCACCAUGAAACUAUCCCCUCCUUCGUCACCAAACUCGGUUCAUACCCACUUGUACUCGGAAUCCCUUGGCUCCAAUUACACGAUGCUACAUUACCGUUUAAGGACAAUAGUAUACUGUUCGACUCCGAAUACUGUAAGCGUAAGUGCAACUCCCCUGCCAUACCCGUUCCCAUUAGGGGGAUCACACCACCACCCCGUUUCCACCUCGUCAGUUCAGCUGCUCUCUGCCGCGUCGCUCAGAGGGACAAGCUCCAAAUCUUCAGCAAAACUAUCAAGGAAAUAGACCAAGCGAUGGGCGAGCCCCUUAAGGAAGACUGGAGGAACCGAGUCCCAACCCGAUAUAAGAGGUUCCAUAAGAUGAUGGACGAGAAGUUCGCUAACGAGAUGCCGCCUCGCCACCCCUAUGACCAUAAAAUACCGCUCAAGGAGGGAAAAGAACCCCCGUUUGGGCCACUUUAUGGUAUAUCCCAUGAGGAGCUCAUCGUGCUUAAGCAAUACAUACAGGACAACCUCCAAAAAGGCUUUAUUCAGGCCAGUUCUUCACCUGCCGGUGCCCCCGUCCUAUUUGUGAAAAAAGCCGAUGGAACACUCCGCCUCUGUGUCGAUUAUCGUGGCCUCAACGAACUUACGGUAAAAAACCGCUAUCCGCUGCCACUCAUCCGGGAAACUCUCGACCGCCUCUCCAAAGCCAAGUGGUACACCAAGCUUGACCUUCGCCAAGGGUAUAACCAGAUCCGAAUGGCUAAGGGUGAGGAAUGGAAAACAGCCUUCCGUACGAGUUACGGACACUUCGAAUAUACGGUGAUGCCCUUUGGCCUUACCAAUGCGCCGGCCACCUUCCAACACUUUAUUAACGAUUGCGUCCGUGACUACCUUGAUAUGUUCUGUACAGCCUAUCUCGACGAUAUUCUCAUCUACAGCGACACCUUCGAGGAACAUCAAGUACACGUCGAAAAGGUCUUGGAAGCCCUUCAAAGAAAUGGAGUACUGCUGAAACCAGAGAAAUGCGAAUUUCAUACACAAAGCACCACCUACCUCGGCCUCAUCAUCGAACCCAAUGGCAUUAAAAUGGAUCCAAGGAAAGUGGAAACAGUGAAGACUUGGACAGUCCCCAAAACAGUUAAGGAUGUGCAAGCAUUUCUAGGGUUCGCUAAUUUUUACCGCCGAUUUAUACGUGGGUUCUCGGAACUUGCUUCCCCCCUUACCAGACUGACAUGCAAGGACACAUUGUUCGAAUGGACAUCCAGAGCUCAAACUGCCUUCAACGCCUUGAAAGAAGCCUUUACCACCGCUCCCAUCCUUACCCAUUUCGACCCAGAGAAAGAAAUUACCGUGGAAACCGAUGCAUCUGACUAUGUCUCUGCCGGUGUACUCUCCCAAUACGAUGAUAAUGGUACCCUUCGGCCCGUCGCAUACUUCUCAAAAAAGCACUCCCCCGCCGAAUGUAAUUACGAGAUAUACGACAAGGAAUUACUGGCGAUUAUUCGAUCCUUCGAGGAAUGGCGACCGGAACUCGAAGGGGCUGCACACCCAAUCGCCGUCAUAUCUGACCAUAAGAAUCUCGAAUACUUUAUGAGUACGAAACAACUCAACCGGAGACAAGCCCGGUGGGCGGAGUAUUUAUCACGGUUUAAUUUUGUCAUUAAGUACCGACCAGGGAAACAAGGAGGGAAACCGGACGCGUUGACAAGAAGAUCAGGAGAUCUCCCUGGAGAGGGGGAUGAAAGACAAUUACACCAGAGUCAAGUUGUAUUGAAGAAAGAGAAUCUUGACGUAAAGCUAAGUUUGUUGGCGGGUUCUUUUUCAAAUGAACCUGCUGAAAAGAACGCCUCACUGAAUAGUCUAUUCGACGAAGGAUAUAGCUCCGACCCGUUUCCACAAAGGAUACUGGAUAUGCGGAACAAAGGCGAGCGACAAUCAAAGAACAUAUCACUUGCCGAAUGUACCGAAGUUGAAGGCCGGUUGCUUUACCGAUGCAGCAUAUAUGUACCCGACUACGACCCUCUCAAGCUCCGAAUCCUCCAACUCUACCAUGACGCGAUCCCCGCCGGACACCCUGGACGCGAAAAAACAUUCGAACUUAUCAGUCGAGACUACUACUGGCCCCUUAUGCGGAAUUAUAUUGACCGCUAUGUUCGGAACUGCCACACCUCUCAACGAAGCAAACCCAACACCCAUGGAAAACUCGGCGUACUUCGACCUUUACCAAUUCCCGAACAACCAUGGCAGGAGGUAUCAAUGGACUUCGUCACUGGCCUACCGGAGAGCGAAGGGUACGAUGCGAUUAUGGUGGUUGUUGACCGGUUAACAAAGAUGCGACAUCUCCUGCCCUGUAAUACCACUGUCAACUCCGAAGAUGUCGCCCAACUAUACUUGCGGAAUAUAUGGAAGCUCCACGGACUACCCACACAUGUCACCUCCGACCGCGGUACGCAAUUUACAGCCAAGUUCUGGAGGGCUCUCUGUAAACACCUCAACAUCGAAGCAAGAAUGUCUACCGCCUUCCACCCGGAGACCGACGGUCAAACUGAAAGGCUGAACGCCGUAAUGGAACAAUAUCUACGUGGGUAUGUCUCUUACCAACAGGACGAUUGGGUCUCCGUGUCUACUAAAGCCACACCAUUCUUCGCGAACUAUGGUUUCCACCCUUGGUUCACAGUGACGAUUAAACCGCUUGACAAGACCCCACCAAGCCUUAAUGCAAAAAAUUUUGCGUUGAAGAUGAAAGAACUCCACGAAUACCUACGUUCCAAUAUCCGUACGGCGCAAGACCAACAAGAACAGGCCGUCAAUACCAAACGAACGCCGGCUCCACAGUACGACAUUGGCGACAUGGUGUUCGUUUCAGCAAAAAACAUCCGAACCACCCGUAACUCUCGGAAGUUGGACUGGAAGAAACUGGGACCAUUCCCCGUCAAGGAAAUCAUAUCGCCGUAUGCGUACCGAAUCGACCUGCCUAGGAGCAUGAAGGUGCACCCCGUCUUCCAUGUAUCGUUGCUAAACCCCGCUGCAAAUGACCCCGUCCCGGGGCAAACUCAACCAUCACCCCCGCCUAUUAUCGUUGAACAGGAAGAGGAGUACGCCGUUGAGGAAAUCUUGGACUCGAGGGAAACGAGGAAUAAAGGCCUGCAAUACUUUGUUAAGUGGACCGGCUAUACCGACCCCACCUGGGAGCCCGCCGCAUAUCACGAAAAUACCGCCGCCAUUGAUGUCUUCCAUAUACGUUACCCCGAUAAACCUGGACCAUUGGAAGGGAAAAUUAAGGUUAAGGCUCGCAGGAGCUCGCGUUUGAAGGGGGGGGCUACUUUCAUGGAUCGACUAGUGAAUACAUUGGGUUACGAGGAGUUGGAUUAG